AUGGCUGCAGCAUCUAAUCAAUCCUCUUCCACUUCAGAAGAGAACUCCAUCAACAACACAAUGGCAAUAUUAAUGAAGGAGAAGAAUAUUGUAAAACCUCGACCUACAAACUCCAAAACCUCAACUUUCAAGCUCUCCAAGGAUGCUUCUUUUCGCGGGUCGAAGUUACAAGAACAUGAUUUUAUCAACCCUACAACGAAUAUGGUGGAAGGUUCGUCUUCAUCAAGUUUGAUUAAUACUAAGUCUAAGAAAGUAGACGAUACUGGAAAAAAGUCGUUGAAUAAAUUCUCAUGCAAAAUUUGUAAAAAUCAAUUUUCAUCUUGGCAAGCUUUAGGAGGGCACCAAAACGCUCAUAAAAAAGAGCGUGCGUUCGCAAAACAUGUCGGAGAGAUAAACAACGAUUUCGAGACUCUUCAUCAUCCUUUGCCUCACCACAACAAUUAUCCUAGUCUUUCUACAAGUCAUUAUAAUGGAUUUAGAUUUAAACCAUAUAAUAGACCACUUGGAAUUAACAUGGAAUCUAUGAUUCACAAGCCGAGGCCAAGUUAUUCAUGGAUCACACCUCCUUUUAAUUUUUGUCCUACUUCUACUUCUGCAUGGACACCAAUGCAAGAGAUGAAAACCUUUUCUUUUCUUGAUGGAUCAAAGAAUGAGACUUUUAAUGUAAAUAAUGGAAAUAGUGUAACUCCAACUUUGAGGAAUUUUCUAAAGAACUUAGAAGUUGGUCUUGGAGAGUCUUCAAAUUCUAUGGAAGAGAAUUCAAUUGUAGUUGGCACAAGUGAUUGUGAUAAUCAUUGCACUAAUUUGGAAGAAACCUCUGAAUCGGUUGAGCUUGAUUUGUCACUUAAACUUUGA